CCCUCAUCACCCGUGAUUCACCGGCAUUCCCUUCUCAUCACGCCUCGCUCGCCGAUUCUGUUCCCGCCGGCUAGCAAGUGUACUGUGCCACGCGUCUAUACAUGAGCUCAUCGAAAGGCUAUAAAGACGCCGGACAUUUUUUGCAACCUCUACACCUUACAACCCAGUCUCCGCGCAAUCUUCGCCGAAGCCAUCAUGCCAGCAUUAGCAGGAGCUGAGAUUUCAAUUCCGUACACCCAAGCAGAGGCUCGUUCUCUAGCCGACCUGCUUGAGCCGCGCAGCCCUCGAGGCGGUGGCGGUGGUGGUGGCGGAGGUCGUGGAGGAGGCUCCACAGGUUCUUCCGGUUCCUCAGGAUCAUCCUCUAGUGGCGGUGGUACGCGAGGAGGAACAUCUGGCUCGAGUGGAUCUUCGGGCAGCUCCGGUGUUAGAUCUUCCACUCCUGGAUUCACUGCUGGUUCUGUAUCUAGUGGAUCAGCCCUUCGUGGCUCUUCGAGCGCUGGUGGAGUUAGAACUCCCUACACCGUUACGUCCGGCGCUUUUACUGGUCGCACUGCUGGUGGAGGUACACGGUCCAAUGUCUAUUCUCCUGCAGGAGCUGGAUACGGCAGCGGCUACACCUCGGGCGCUAGAGGCACCCGAGCAGGUAGCACAGCAGGUCUGGGCUUCCCUUUCAUCUACUGGCCACUCGGAUUUGGCGCUCUUGGCGCCGGUGGAUACUAUGGAGCUUCUCAGUAUCGAAUGGCUGGUAGACCGGGAGGAGACGAGGGGCCCUUUUACCUUUCCCCUCCUGCUGGCGUCGAUAGCAACUCCAAUGCCUUUUAUCUCUACGGAGAUAACAACAGCGUUAUCGACACCAAGAACGCACUUGCCACUGCCUGUGGCUCGGGCAACGACAACGCCACAGCACCUGCAGACUUUAGGGUCCUGCCUACCAGCAUCGUGCAAUACUACAGAGGCAGCUCGUUUGCUCUUGGUUUGAUAGGCUACAACAAUGGACAACCUGCCAACGACUCGACGGGCGAUAAUGGUACGGAUGAUGCACUGGCUAGAAGUCUGACUGUUCUUCCCAGCACGGUCAACAUGACCUAUUUCAACUGUCUCAACAACACCAUCGGAACUCAAUUACCUCUUGUUGCUGAUACUCAGGGCGACGGCGCGAUUUCGCUCGGGGCCAACAGCGCUGCUCUCACCUUGCUACCUGCUCUCCUCGUUGCGUUCCUCCUGGGCGCGCUGUAAGGACUCCAUUUUCGGAAACGGCUCUUCCUUAUCAAGAUAUCGAUGUAUAUACCACGCAUCGCUUUGCGGUCGGUCAUCUAAUGCUCUCCCAAGUAAUGACGCAAUGGAACUGCUCUUGGCCCUCAACAACGCAUGCUCCAUGUCUCAGUACUCUCAAAAGCGAGCUAGCAUCACCGACCAGGCUGUUUCAGGCUGUGGCGCAUGUUUGUUGAUUGUUGUCAUUUUUUCGCAACUAGGAUAAGACGGGAUAGGGCUACACGAUAAGAUGG